AUGAGCAGUUUCAGCACAUUUUUGUCCUCGCCCCAGCCACCGGCCCAUCUGGACAGGGCGAUUACUCUCCCCGCCCUUCUGUCCCUUACCCUUGAGUGGCAGCAGCCCAUGUUCGUUGGCCACCUCCUCAAGCACCUUCGCCUUCCGGGGCCAACCAAGAUCGAUAUCACCUACGGUCUCGACACCGAUCAGAACAUCUGGAACGCACGUUUGAGUGCGGACGACAAGCUGUUGCCCCCUGCGGGCCACGACUCUAUCCACACACUUUCUUCCGCCCACACCCUGCGGGUGACAGGCAAAAGGAUGGGCAGCUCCUUCAGUUGGUACACUGGCCUGGACGCGGUGCCGACGAAUAACGGGCACAUUCGCUCUGAGCCUGCGCUGACAAUACAGCUGUGCGGCCGGCGGUCCUCGGAAUGUCUUGUCGCACACUUCGCACGAACGCACAGAGGCAGACCCCCGUUCAGUCUGGUGCAUACGCUCGCAGUUGGGGGUCGCAAGAUUGGGAUAUCGUCGCAGGCUGAUUGGGCAGGGCUCUUCAGCGCCAUGCCCCAGCUGCGCACCCUCCAUCUUGCUGUCUACCCCGCACAUGUACUCGUAUGUCUUCGCGCCCUCUGCCCGUUGCCAGUGGAGGAGGAUGGCACCGAGGAGGAUGACGCGCUCGAUCAGCGCUCGGAGGUGAACGAAGAAGUUUUGGGCCAAUUUUGCACAGUGGAGUUUGUCUAG